AACGCUGAGCUACUAGAUUCUGCAGGGCAGCAGAGCCGUCAUCUGAGGAGCUGCAGCCGCUCUUCGCUUACUUGUUCGCCUCCCUCGUCAUCGCGAUUUCUAUAUUCCAAUCCACGGUAUCUCGUUUCUUCCCCACCCCCCUCCUCGCUAAGUCUGUUCCCACGAAUUCCGUCGCGAUGCAGCUAACGGUGACGACGGCGGACGAUCGGAUCGUGAUGAUCCAAGUCGACAACGACGAGCUCGUGGAGAACGUGAAGGCUAUUCUCGAAGUCGAGACGGCCAUCCCUCUGGCAGAGCAAGCGCUGCUGUUCAACGGGCAGCUGCUGCAGAACCACCAGCGCCUAAACGCGCUCGGCGUGGCGGACAACGACCUGCUCUUCCUCACACGGCAGCAGCCGUCACAGCAGCGCGCGUCAUCACAACGGGCCGCAUCACAGGCCGCUGGAGCAGCAGCAGCGGCAGCGCCACCGGCCGCCAUGGCGCAGCAGGAGGACGGGGCUGCUGUGGACCCGCAGGCGUUCCGCCAGCACGUGCUCAGCGACCCCGACCUCAUGGCGCGCCUGCUCAUGAGCACGCCGGAGCUGGGCGAGGCGAUACGGGACAACAAGGUGGAGGAGAUGCAGCGGGUGCUGCGGUGGAUGAGGAAGAUGCAGAACGAGAUGAGACGGAAGGAGCAGGAGGAGCAGGAGUUGCUAUCGGCGGAUCCCUUUGACCCCGAGGUGCAGAGGAGGAUAGAAGAGCGGAUUCAACAGAAGAACAUCGAUGAGAACUACGCAGCGGCGUAUGAGCAUGCCCCCGAGCAGUUCAUCGCAGUGUCGUGCUGUGGCACUGCUACACCUCUCUCUCUUCCUCAAGCCUCACAUGCACCUGCUUCCCGCUCGUCGUCUCUCCCCUUUCCCCUCUGUGAUCUGCUGUCCUUCCCGUCCAACCCCCUUCCUCCUCCUCCUCUCUCCGCACGGCAUGGUGGCAGCACAUGCUGUAUGUGGAGAUGGAGGUCAACAACUCCCCCAUCAAGGCCUUUGUGGACAGUGGCGCCCAGCAGACCAUCAUGUCAAUGCGAUGCGCCGAACGAUGCGGCGCCUGCGUUCAUCCCCAGGCUGACACGGCUGCUGGACCGGCGGUACGAGGGCAUAGCGCGGGGCGUGGGCACAUCCAAGAUAGUGGGGCGCAUCCACGCGGUUCAGCUCAAGAUCGGGAGCAACUUUUACAUGUGCAGCAUCACGGUGCUGGAGGCAGACAACGUCGACUUCCUUUUCGGCCUCGACAUGCUCCGACGCCACCAGUGUUGCAUUGAUCUCAAGGACAACGUUCUGCGUGUUGGUGGUGGGGAAAUAGCAGUCCCCUUCCUGUCAGAGAAGGACAUCCCUGCCUUCCUCACCGCCAUGGAUCACGACUCCCAGCCCGACGCCACCACCCCUGCCCAGCCCUCCCAACCGUCCACCUCCGCUGCUACGACCUCUGCAGCGCAACCAGCAGCACCGCCAGCAGCAGCAGGCACAGCAGCGGGCGGUGCGAGUAGUGGGGGAGGGGCGCCAGCAAGCCAGGGCGCUGCCCCUGGCUCGGCAGCAGCAGGUGCUGCAGCAGCGUCUGGUGGUGAGCCAUCCCCAUCGCCAUCCGCAUCGCCCGCCCCCUCGGCGCACGAGGUGAAGGUGCAGCGGCUGAUGGAGCUGGGGUUCCCCCGCCACCAGGUGGAGCAGGCGCUGGCACUCACAGGGGGCAACGAGGAGCAUGCGGCUGGGAUACUCUUUGCGGGGUGAUGGUGUUGGUAGCAUUAUGAUAAGGCUGAGGGGGGAUGCCUGCUGCUGCAAAAUGGGACUGUGUAUGCACCAUACGCCUAGUUGUGCUGAUUUACGACUGACCUUUACCGGUAUAAUCUCCCAGUUGCCAUGUCACCCUGAUCACUUUCACAUCUUGCUUUGCCCGUAGGCCAAAAUUUGGCUGCUGAUGAGCCUGCCUUA